AUGCGGAUCCUCCUUACUGGCUCUUCAGGCGUGGUAGGCACAUACGUCCUUACCUACUUGUUGGAACAAGGUCACAGCGUAAUUGCGGUGGAUCGGAUCCCUUUAGCCCAAUCUACCCUCGACUCACUUUCCGCCAAAUAUCCCAAUCUAGAUGAUAUAUUGGAUGUACACACAGUAGAUCUAACAUCUAUAGAAAAAGUCAAAAAUCUAUUCUCCCAAUACUCGAAGGGUACGAUCGAAGGUCUAAUCCACCUUGCCGCUAUACCCCAUCCUGAAUCUCAUGACCCGCGCUUCGUCCAUAAUACCAAUAUAACCAUAUCUUACAAUGUCUUAUACACCGCUGCUGAACAUGGAAUGCAAAGAUUGGUUCAAGCUAGUUCGGUGAACUAUACGGGUUUAGCAUAUACUACGAAAGGUAGACAGAGGUUUGAGAGGUUGCCUAUAACGGAGGAAGAACCUAGUCACGCGGAAGAUCCAUAUGCUCUUUCAAAACAGAUAUGUGAGAUCCAAGCUAUCUCACUCUGUCGCUUAUUCCCUACCAUCUCAAUCGCCUCAUUACGAUUCCACCAUAUCCUGCCUACCCUUUCCGAAGCAGAAGGAUGGUCACGACAAGAAGAAUUCUGGACGUGGACUUCGUCUCUCUCUGCUUCCCAAGCUUGCCUGUUAGGGCUGACUACACCACAGGAAGGGAAGUGGAAAGGACAUGAGGCGUUCAAUAUAGUUGCCAGCGAUAUAGCAUGGAAAGAUCCUGCUGUGAGCAGUUUGGAUCUGUUGGAGAAGAGCGAAUGGAGUGCAGGUGGACGGAUUGGACAGGUAGACACAACCUGGUGGGGUGGGGAUGAAGGAAAGAGAAAAGGGUUUUGGGAUUGUAGGAAAGCUGAGAGGUUGUUGGGGUGGGUACAUACUCCUUAA